CAGAUGGGCACACAUUGGAGAUGGAAGGAUUGCGGUCUGGCUGAAUGUACAAUAUCCGGGAUAUCUGGGAGUUUGCUCUGUCAGAAUGUACUUCGGUGGCAUUUUCUACCGAAAUGGCCCCCAGUAGCAGAGUACAUUUUCAACCACCCAUUGCCGGAAAUGUACAUAUUUAAUGGGCGGAUGUACAUCUCCCAUACUCAGAGGGCUCAGAAAAUUGCAGUGGAUUGUUUAUUUCCUCGUGUUGUGGACAUGAAACGCGAAUUGAGCUGUCUGCUGCACCUUUGUCAUACCAACGCACUGCAAUCAUUGGCUCCCAGCGAAUCAACAACAUUUAUCUCCGCCAAAAUCGGAGCAAUGUACGCUUUUUAGUUCUUCAAGAUCGCACCGAGUGUCGCAUCCCUUGGGGCAAAAGAAACUCCCGAUCAAGUUAGGGUGGUGUUGCCAAAUGUUGCUAUCUGCACUCUCGCUGGACCGACGCCCUGCAAGCACCCGCCCCAUCGCAUCAACAACAUUUAUCUCCGCCAAAAUGAGAGCAAUACAUUCCCGAACAAGUUGGGGUGGUGUGGUUGAAUGUUGCCUUUCAUGCGGUACCCGGCUACACCGAAGCUUUGCGCGUGCUCGCGCAUCCGGCGACUUAACAACAUUUAUCUCCGCCAACUUGAGAGCAAUACAUUCCCGAACAAGUUGGGGUGGUGUGGUUGAAUGUUGCCUUUCAUGCGGUACCCGGCUACACCGAAGCUUUGCGCGUGCUCGCGCAUCCGGCGACUUAACAACAUUUAUCUCCGCCAACUUGAGAGCAAUACAUUCCCGAACAAGUUGGGGUGGUGUGGUUGAAUGUUGCCUUUCAUGCGGUACCCGGCUACACCGAAGCUUUGCGCGUGCUCGCGCAUCCGGCGACUUAACAACAUUUAUCUCCGCCAACUUGAGAGCAAUACAUUCCCGAACAAGUUGGGGUGGUGUGGUUGAAUGUUGCCUUUCAUGCGGUACCCGGCUACACCGAAGCUUUGCGCGUGCUCGCGCAUCCGGCGACUUAACAACAUUUAUCUCCGCCAACUUGAGAGCAAUACAUUCCCGAACAAGUUGGGGUGGUGUGGUUGAAUGUUGCCUUUCAUGCGGUACCCGGCUACACCGAAGCUUUGCGCGUGCUCGCGCAUCCGGCGACUUAACAACAUUUAUCUCCGCCAACUUGAGAGCAAUACAUUCCCGAACAAGUUGGGGUGGUGUGGUUGAAUGUUGCCUUUCAUGCGGUACCCGGCUACACCGAAGCUUUGCGCGUGCUCGCGCAUCCGGCGACUUAACAACAUUUAUCUCCGCCAACUUGAGAGCAAUACAUUCCCGAACAAGUUGGGGUGGUGUGGUUGAAUGUUGCCUUUCAUGCGGUACCCGGCUACACCGAAGCUUUGCGCGUGCUCGCGCAUCCGGCGACUUAACAACAUUUAUCUCCGCCAACUUGAGAGCAAUACAUUCCCGAACAAGUUGGGGUGGUGUGGUUGAAUGUUGCCUUUCAUGCGGUACCCGGCUACACCGAAGCUUUGCGCGUGCUCGCGCAUCCGGCGACUUAACAACAUUUAUCUCCGCCAACUUGAGAGCAAUACAUUCCCGAACAAGUUGGGGUGGUGUGGUUGAAUGUUGCCUUUUGUCGCACCCGGUUACGUUUGCACCUCGUCUGCAACUCGACAACCCUUUUCUCGACUGA